GCAUGCGCGGAAGCUAAGUCUAACUACUUCUAGGCUCGGCUCCCCGCUCCCUAACGCAUAUGCGCGCGAGAAGAAGCCGGCGCCCGAGAGAGGCUGGUCUUAAGUCUAAGAGGUCGCGUGGCUCCCUCGCGCCGCUAGCCGGUUUGUUUUGCGACGCAGUCGCUGUUUUACGGCCCCGUGGUUGAUAUGGUAACGGAAGGGCGCCUAGUCUGGAAGAACCGGCUAUUGUGGCGUCUGGGGCCCUCACUGGGCAGCCCGUGACACGGCUCAGCCUCAGGCACUGGCAUAGGGGCGCCGGCGAGAGUCGCCCCGCGCCUCAGAAUAGCUUAUCAUUGUUUAGGGAAAGGUUACUAUUGGAAAAUGGCAGAAGCAGUUUUCCAUGCCCCAAGAAGGAAAAGAAGAGUGUUUGAGUCAUAUGAUUCUCCAUUCCCUAUUCCUGCCUCCCAGGAAGACAUCUGUGGAAAUGAUUUCAAGUUAUACCAGGCUGAAAUUAUUAACAACAAUGUAAUUGUGAGGAACCCCAAAGAUAUAGAACAGCUGUAUAGCAAGGGCUAUUUUGGAAAAGGUAUUCUUUCGAGAAGCAGACCAGAAUACAAUAUUUCAGACCCUUUAUUGGUUGCUAAGUGGCAAGAUGCCAAGAUAAACAUGCCCAUACUCUCAUCAAAAAAGUACCAGUGUCAUCUAGAAUGGGCUAAAAGCCUUAUGCAAGAACAAGGACUUGAUGACUGCUCCGUUAACAAAAUUCUUGAAAAUUAUACUAAGCCAUUUGAUCUGCCUUUUAUGAAAGGGGAAGGAGAAGUUGCACAAAAUGAUGACUCUUGCUGCAGAAUGGCUGCAGAAAUGGAAAACGUAGAAGAUGGAAUGAAACUUUCAAGAGAUUCUGCCAUAAAUAAUGGAGAUUCAGCAGCACCAAAUGUUAAAUGUCAUAACAUGAGUGUAGACUGCAAGAAAGCUUCUUUGGAAGGUGAUUCAGCUUACAAUGAUCCACUAGCCAACUAUGGCUCUGAGGAACUGUAUCCAUUGGACACUAAAGCUAUAGUUAAAGUACAUUGCCAAAAACAUGAUGAUUUUAUUGUGCACUGUGGCUGCAAGGCCGAAGAUUAUACCAACCAAGUAUUUCAUAACUUGGCCAAAGGGAAAGAAUAUGCUUAUGAGUAUGUAUUGGUGCAGGAAGAAGAAAGCAAAUUGUGUCAUGAAGAUGAAGCAGCAAAUGAUAAAUCAAAUUUAAUCAAAAGGGAAAAAUUAGUAUGCAGAAGAAAUCCAUUUAGAAUUUUUGAAUAUUUGCAACUCAGUCUGGAGGAGGCAUUUUUCUUGGUCUAUGCUCUAGGAUGUUUGAGUAUUUAUUAUAACGAGCAUCAAAAUACAGAUAAACAGGUACCUUCUGUGGAAGAAAGUUCGUGUGUGGAGUUGGUGGGAGAAAUACAAGAGAAAAGAGGUGUGUGGGAAGAAGAACCUUUAACUAUUUUGAAGCUAUGGGAAGUUUUUAGUGAAGUGCAACCUAAUUUUAGAACUACAUACAUGGCGUAUCACUUCUUCCGAAGUAAGGGAUGGGUCCCCAAAGUAGGACUGAAGUAUGGAACCGAUCUCUUGCUAUAUCGAAAAGGUCCCCCCUUUUACCAUGCAAGUUACUCAGUCAUUGCUGAACUGGUUAAUGACAACUUUGUAGGGUCACUGCGCAGACCGCUCAACUGGAUGUCUUUGUCUGGCUUGAACAGAACAACAGUGAAUGUUUCUAAGGAACUUAUGUUAUGCUAUUUGAUUAGACCGUGUGAUAUGACUGAGAAAGAAAUGUCAUCACCAGACUGUCUAAAAAGAAUUAAAGUUCAAGAACUGAUUGUAAAUCGUUGGGUCUCUUCCCGAGAGCGCAGUGAACAAGAUGAACUAUAAUAAGAUGGACCAAGAAAUCCAGUGUUAAAGAAGCAAAUAUUAUCAACAAAUUAGGUUGAGAAAAGACUAAUCUUUACAAGGCAGAGCUGUGCCAUAUUCCUGUUUACAAUAUUCUGAAUGCAUAUCUCAACGCUGUUUAAAAUUGUACAGAACAUGGAGUAUGCUGUGUACUAUCCGAGAAGGUUGUACUGAAAAAACAUAAUGGAUAACUGUAUUUGUCCAUGUGAAAAAAAUUAAAGUAAUCUCUUCCCAAUCCAA